UGGCACCUGAACGUCACUAACCCAUCCACGCAUUCCAACGCAGAAACGACGCAUUCAAAUAUCCGUUCUCAUCCGAUCCCUCUCCAAUCCAAAUCCCAAAUCGAAGUUGAUCAUUUUCUGCUAAAACGUCGACGUCUUGGCUCCCAAGAUGGCCAGCCACCAAUCCUCGCCGGAAAAUCUCAUACUCGUAAACCGCGAACCCAGCGGAAUCGCAUUUGUUACGAUCAACCGUCCCAAGUCGCUUAACUCGCUGACCCGGCCCAUGAUUAUAGACCUCGCCAAGGCCUUCAAGGCCCUCAGUCAAGACGAGUCGGUCCGGGUCAUCAUUCUAUCCGGGUCGGGUCGCGCCUUUUGCUCCGGAGUCGAUCUCACGGCCGCGGAGGACGUUUUCAAAGGGGACGUGAAGGACAUGGAGACCGACACGGUGGUGCAAAUGGAGCGGUGCCGAAAGCCCAUCAUCGGAGCCAUUAAUGGGUUCGCGGUCACUGCCGGGUUCGAAAUGGCGCUCGCUUGUGAUAUAAUCGUCGCCGCAAAAGGAGCUAAAUUCGUGGACACUCAUGCCAGGUUUGGGAUAUUUCCGACAUGGGGUUUGUCUCAGAAGCUUUCGAGGAUUAUAGGGGCCAACAAAGCGCGGGAAGUGUCGCUGACAGCGACGCCUUUGACGGCGGAGCUGGGUGAAAGGUUGGGGUUCGUGAACCAUGUUGUUGAAGAGGGUGAGUUGCUGAAGAAAGCUCGUGAAGUAGCUGAGGCCAUUGCGAAAAAUAACCAGGACCUGGUGUUGAGGUACAAGGCUGUUAUUAAUGACGGGCUUAAACUGGACCUGGGCCAUGCUCUUGCACUAGAAAAGAACAUAUGCUCAGAUGAUUUUGACCAUUUGACCCAGCUAUUGAUCAUGUUGUUUAGCAGAAAAACUUGUAUGAAACGGGUAUAGCACUGGCUGAGAGGGGUCAUGACUAUUACAGUGGAAUGACCAAAGAGCAGUUUAAGAAGAUGCAAGAGUUUAUAACAGGUCGGGGUUCGAAAAAGCCUUCUUCCAAGUUGUAGAAUUUACUGCUGUAAGCACAAGAAUGUUAUGUUAAGCUCUCGAAAUCGAAAACGUAGGAAUGAGCUUAAUUUGCCCCUCAAGUGGCCAGCAAUCAACAUGUUUAGCUGUUUUAAGUUAUUGGGCAUACAUGUAACUCUUGUUAAUAACACAUUUUCCUUUGUUCAAAUUACAAUUCGAAAUUUUGUUCGAGUUUUA